CAACUUCUGCUCGAGACGGAAAGCCUAGGAACUCCUUUGAUUGCCAUUGUGCUCAUAGGCUGGUCAACGCGGCUUUUGAUCUAUCAUUGUAUUCUUCGUCUCAUUGGAGGUCUGACAGGCGGUUUGACGGGGGCUCUCACGGGGGCUCUGACUGGAGGUUUGAUAGGGGCUCUGAUUGGAGGUUUGACAGGGGCUCUGACUGGAGGUUUGACAGGGGCUCUGACUGGAGGUUUGACAGGGGCUCUGACUGGAGGUUUGACAGGGGCUCUGACUGGAGGCUUGAUAGGGGCUCUGACAGGAGGUUUGACAGGGGCUCUGACAGGAGGUUUGACCGGGGCUCUGACGGGAGGUUUGACCGGGGCUCUGACGGGAGGUUUGACAGGGGCUCUGACGGGAGGUUUGACAGGAGGUUUGAUAGGGGCUCUGACGGGAGGUUUGACAGGGGCUCUGACGGGAGGCUUGACCGGGGCUUUCGUUGGAGGUCUGACCGGGGCUUUCGAUGGAGGUCUGACAGGGGCUUUCGUUGGAGGUCUGACAGGGGCUUUCGAUGGAGGGCUGACGGGGACACUUGUUGGGACUAGCGCCGGUCCUUUGGUUAGUGAAAUUGAUUCUUUGGCGGGUCCUAAAACUGUUCGAAGAACUCGAUAA